AUGAGAGACACUGGGGACGCGGCAGACGCCGGACACAAAAACAGCAAAUCUGAGAAGGACCAGAGCUGGAUCCCAAAAAUUUUCAAGAAAAGAAUUUGCACUACGUUUGUGGAAGAUUCUUUCAGUAAUGGUGCAUUGUGCCAAUGUGGUGAUACGAGAGACACCCAUGCCUCUGUAGCUCUUGGCGACUAUUUCAGCACAGCCAUUGUCAAUCACUGGGACAGUGCCCAGCACUCUUCUGAGUACCCGACCGAUGCCUUCGGAGAGUUGCAGUUCGCAGGCGCCAGCAAGAGGCACAGCUACUUUUUGCGGCUUUCAUGGGACACACCGCCGUCUAUGGUAUACACCCUGAUGACGACUCACUGGGGGCUGCCCGCUCCCAACCUUGUGGUGUCCGUAGUGGGCGGCGAGGGCAGGACCAAAGUGAAGACGUGGGUGCGGGAAGUUCUCAGGCAGGGUCUGGUCAAAGCCUCACAAAGCACAGGAGCUUGGAUCCUGACUGCAGGCUUGCGCGAAGGGGUUGGCAGGUGCGUUGGAGAGGCAGUGAGGGAUCACGCUACUGCAGCUUCGUCUGUUUCCUUGAACAAGGUGGUGGCCCUGGGCGUCGCUCCCUGGGGCCUUGUGCACAACCGGCAGCAGCUGGUCAAUCCACAGGGCAGUUUUCCUGCCAAGUAUUAUGUCCACAACACAACCCGGGACUCGUGCUGCCUGGAUAACAACUACCAGGCUUUCCUGCUGGUGGAUGACGGUAGCAUGGGACGCAGAGGUGGCGAGACAGGCUUCAGGGCCAAACUGGAGGACUACAUCUCCCACCAACGUACAGGCAUUUGGGGCAGCGGAAGUAUCGACAUCCCAGUUCUUUGCAUGCUGGUCUCGGGAGACGCCACUCUACUGGAGAGAGUUGAUCUCUCCUUGAAGACUUCCAUGCCCUGGUUAGUGCUGGCAGGCUCAGGAGGCAUGGCCGACUUCCUGAGUGACAUAGUGAAGAACUUGUCGUCAGCGCCGGUCGUCCCGUCUUCCGCCGAGGGUGACAGUGAGGCAGGUCCCAGCGUAGAUCUGAAAGACAGAGUGGCCGAACGGGUUCGCAAAUACUUUCCCUCUGAAGCAGAGACGGACAAACUUGUUGAGCACGCCUUGAGCAUCUACCAAAACAAAGACUUGAUCACAAUUUACCAUGGAGAGCAAGAGGGUCCCAAUGACUUUGACACAGUGCUUCUCAAAGCUCUGGUGGGAGCAUCCAAGCAGCGCGUGUCAGUUGACCACAGCCCAUACAAUGAAGAGCUGAAGCUGGCAGUGACAUGGAACAGAGUGGACAUUGCCAAGAGCGAACUCUUCAAUGGAGAUAUUCAGUGGAGGUACGAAGACCUUGAGGACUCCAUGACCGACGCCCUGGUAAACGACAAACCUCAGUUUGUGCGCCUCUUCACUGAGAAUGGCCUAAACAUCCUGGACUACUUGACUUAUGGAAGACUGGAAAGCCUCUACAGAUCAGUGGCUGCGGGGACACUUCUUUACCAGCUACUUCAGCGCCGUCUGCUGGAGAGACUAGGUACUCCAACGCAUCUCCAGGACAAGGCUGGCAAAGGUUCAACUGAGAAAAUCCAGAGUGGACCGGUGACUGAGCUCAGCCUUUUUGAGGUGUCAAGAGUGCUAGAACUGUUAAUGGGUGAUGUCUGCCAACCUUUCUAUUAUUCCCCACUGGAUUUGGAACAGAUUACAUCCAAGAGGCGGGCAAUGAGGCGGGCCAGUAAGCUGCUUCGUGGUGACUGUUUGUAUCGGGAAAAUCGCUGCCUCUUCCCCUGGGCUUCGCUCUUCAUCUGGGCCGUCCUCCAGAACCGCAGCGAGAUGGCCACUUUCUUCUGGGAGAUGGCAGGCGAGUCUGUGUUGAGUGCAUUGAGUGGGUGCAAGAUUCUAAGGGAACUUUCCAAACUGGAAGUUGAGACGGAAACCAAACUCUCAAUGAAAGAGUUGGCUCAGAAAUUUGAGAAUUUAGCCCAUGAUAUCUUCAGUUCUUGUUACCGUAGCAAUGAGAGUCGCUCCUUCACUCUGCUGAUACGCAAAUCCCCCGUGUGGGGCGGGACCACCUGCCUCCAGAUGGGAAUGGGUGCGGAUGCACGCCUUUUCUUCAGCCACGACGGAGUUCAGUCUCUGCUGUCCCAGAUCUGGUGGGGUGAUAUGAAGAGGAAUACGGAGGUGUGGAAACUCCUGCUCACCUUUUUCUGCCCAGUCCUCUGCUACACUAACUUGAUUUCCUUCAGAACACCAGAAGACCAUCAAAAGGAGAGCAGCGAUGUAAAACCCAGCGAGGAUGCCCUGGGCCGAGAUAAUGAUAGCCUUUAUGGCACUACUGUCUUCUCCUUCUCUGACAUUAAGCAUAUUGAAGCAGAUUCACAAGGUGCGUACACUCCCUGCAGGACAGCUACCAUAAAAGGCAUACCUCAAACUCCUAAACCUCCCGAGCGGCCAUUCAUCGUGUCGAGAUGGCGUCAAUUCUGGUUCGCGCCAGUCACGUCCUUUUUGGGCAACGUGCUCAUGUACUUCCUCUUUCUGCUGCUUUUCGCCUACGUGCUGCUGGUGGAUUUUAAGCCCCCGCCUCCCGCAGGGCCCGCCAUAACAGAGCUGGUGCUGUAUUUCUGGGUGUUCACCAUCGUGUGCGAGGAGAUACGAGAGACCUUCUUUUUAGGUACGAUGACUUUGCGCCAGAGGCUCAGGGUGUACAUUCAGGAUGUGUGGAACAAGUGUGAUCUCACUGCCAUCAUACUGUUCAUCAUUGGACUAGUUUGCAGGAUGUUCACCUGGUCCUACGAAUUUGGCCGGGAUGUUAUGUGUGUGGACUACAUGGUCUUCACACUCCGCCUCAUUCAUAUUUUUGCCAUUCACAAACAGCUUGGACCUAAAAUCAUCAUUGUUGGGAAGAUGAUGAAAGAUGUCUUCUUCUUUCUCUUCUUCCUGGGGGUCUGGCUAAUGGCAUAUGGGGUGGCCAACCAGGCUUUGCUGUAUUCUUACGACCCCCGACUUGACCGCAUCUUCCGGCGAGUGUUUUACAGGCCGUACUUGCAUAUUUUUGGACAGAUCCCUGUUGAAGAAAUGGACGUGGGGAAAGACUGGGACAUGGCUUGCACCAGUAAUGUGACAUUGAUCGACCUCGGGGCAGAGCCAUGUCGCGUUACGUACAGCAACUGGCUGGUAGUAAUCCUGUUGGUUAUUUAUCUCUUGGUCACCAACAUCCUGCUUAUUAAUCUUCUCAUUGCUAUGUUCAGUUACACCUUUUCUGAGGUGCAAGCCAACAGCGACAUUUACUGGAAGUUUCAGCGCUACAACCUCAUCGUUCAGUACCACUCGCGUCCCUCGUUGGCGCCACCGUUCAUUAUCCUCUCUCACAUCAAUCUCUUCAUCAAAAGGAACAUCCGCAAGGUCUCGUCCAUCAAGAUCCACCACUUCGUGCUGAACCUAAAAGGCAAGGCGGCAAACAGGCUAAUGACGUGGGAAACCAUACAGAAGGAGGACUUUCUGACCGCUCAGAGCAAGAUUCAGAAAAGCAGUGACUCGGAGAGGCUCAAGCGAAUGUCUGCCAAGGUGGAUGGUGUGAUGAAACAGCUGACGGAAAGCAGAGACUUUGACCACAGGCUCAGGACUCUGGAGAAUGAGAUGGAGUACUGCUCCAGUGCGCUCAGCUGGAUUGUCGAUACUUUAGCGCAAGGCAGCUCAUUCAAACCCCCUCGACCUCCUCCCCCAACACUUAGAGACUCGUUCAUCCCCUCCUCUUCUGGAUCGUAA